AUGCAACAUGUCACAGCUUAUAUUUUCAGAUUUACAAUAGCCUGUCAGAAAAAUUCUAGUCGCAUUGAAGGGCCUAUAAGUGUGUCAGAGUUGCGUUGCUCUUUGAAAUCUCUAAUUAAAGCAGCACAAAAUCAAAGUUUUCCUGAAGAAAUUUCAAGGUUGUUGGAUAACAAGGGCCUACCGGAUAGCAAUGUAUUAAGUAAAUUAAAUCCAUUUUUGGACGCUAAUGGCAUUCUUCGGGUGGGUGGUCGCUUGAAACAUUCCGAUUUCCCAAGGGAAAAGAAACACCCUAUUCUAUUACAUUCGAAUCAUCAUUUCACAAAAUUACUUUUUGAAUAUGAGCAUGCUAUUUUACUUCAUCCAGGUCCGCAGUUACUCUUAGCACAUAUCCGUGAAAAAUAUUGGCCGAUCAGAGGCAGAAAUCUAGCACGUAAAAUAUCUAUAAAGUGUUUACGCUGUUUUAAAUUUAAACCAGAAUUAGUUCAACCAAUUAUGGGUGAACUUCCUCGCGAAAGAGUCACUCCUAGUAGUCCAUUUUAUAUAACUGGCAUAGAUUACGCAGGGCCAUUUUUUAAAGCGCAAUCGAAAACUCAAGACAAAUGUUAUGUGGGAGUUUUUAUCUGUUUUUCCACGAAAGCAAUUCAUCUCGAGCUCAUAUCAUCUUUAUCUUCAAAAUCUUUUAUCCAAGCAUUGCGUCGUUUUACCUCUAGACGGGGCAAACCUUAUAAAAUUCUCUCGGAUAACGGAACCACGUUUGUUGGUGCUAAAAGAGAGCUCGGUCAAUUUCUAAAACAAAAUGCAUCCAAUUUAAUUGACUUAUGUGCUAACGAUAAAAUUUAG